AUGGGAGCUGACUGUUGAUACUGUGGUCAGUCAGGCACUGCUGAAAGCCAGGAGAAGACGACCAACGUAGUGUUACUCCCAGUACUUUGUGUGUAUUUUAUUAUACUCUGGAAAUCUGUACAAUGGAAAAUAGAAAAACUGAUUUUUAUUCAAAGCUGAUAGCGGCUGAGGAGAAGAAGGCAUCAAAUACUUCGAGUUUGUUGUACAGAAAUUAAUGCGAACAAAUUAUGAAUCGCUUGGAUGAACUUAAACGUGUUAACAUUAAAAAGACUCAGAAAGACUAUCGUUUGUUACGAAAGUAUGAAAUCCUUGAAGUCACAGUUGAAGGUAUCACCGUUAAGAAAUUGCAGAAAAAGGGAACUAAUCUUAGAUUCGUAUGCGCUGAAGAUGUGUUCGAUGUGAUCGAUGCUAUUCAUCGUGCACGUGGGCAUGGAGGUAGAACUAUUGUCUUUAGGGAAACAAGUGAAAAAUAUGCCAAUGUUUCAAGAUCCCAAAUUGAGUUGUAUUUACAGUUCUGUGAGGAGUGUCAUCUGAAAAAAAGCACUGUACGCAAGUCUGUGACUGUGAAGCCAAUUGUAUCCAACAGUAUGAACUCACGAGCUCAGGUCGACUUGAUCGAUAUGCAGAGCCAGCCAGAUGGAAAACAUCGUUUCAUUCUGAACUACCAGGAUCACUUGACGAAGAUGGUGUGUCUUCGGGCUCUACAGACGAAAACUGCUGAAGAGGUUGCUUUCCACCUCGUUGAUAUAUUCUGUGACAAAGGAGCCCCCCAUAUCCUGCAGUCUGACAAUGGAAGAGAAUUCUCAAAUAAGCUUGUCAAGGAAGUUCUGAUGAUGUGGCCAGAGUGCAAGAUGGUUCAUGGCAAACCACGACAUUCCCAAUCGCAGGGCUCGGUGGAACGUGCCAACAGGGAUAUUGAAGCCAUUCUCGCAUGUUGGAUGAAGGACAACAACUCUACACAAUGGUCACAGGGACUGCGCUUUGUCCAGUGGAAGAAAAAUACCCGCUUUCACUCCGGAAUUGGAAGGACACCAUAUGAGGCCAUGUAUGGACAGAAGGCUCGUCUUGGUGUUGACGCAAAUUCUGUACCAGAGGAAGUCCUGGACGGUAUGCAGACGGAGGAGCAGCUUGCAGAGGCACUAGGUGUUGUCAAUGAGGUCACAGACACAGAGGAGGAAGAGACAGGUGUUGAAAAGCAAGAAGAAGCAUCUGCUGUCAUUAACUGCAUCUCCUGUGGCAAAAGAUAUUUUGGUUUAAAUGUGUGCAAUGUGUGUGAGAACCCAUGUCACUCUAAUACUCCGUGUUCUAUGAGGAAUAACGAUGCUGAUGAGUCUGUGCUUUGUUCCAUCUGCAGUCGGAGUCAGAGUAUUCAUACUGAACAAAUGAAGUCCAACAUAGAACAACAGAAACAAGCCCAAAAAAUGAUCGAUAAUUCUGUGAAGAGAUUUCAACCAGCCAAGGUAGGGGAAACUGUGAUGGUUCCUGUUCCAUUAGUUGACCGCGGACGUGCAGAGUUUCCUAAUGUGAAGGCAGUUGUUUUUCAGGCAUUGGACAAUGGCACAUAUAAGCUUGGUACAAAACACGGCCUGCUUAAACAAGUGUACACUCGCAACCAAUUUACUCCAUGUCUAGAAAAUUCCUUUCUCUUGAUGAUGUUGUACAGGAGCGGGAAGUAAGUCUGCGGGAAGUAGCAAUUGCAGAAUCAAUGGGACAAGGUCAGGGAUUCGCUAAAUGCUCUUGCACUAAGUCAUGUAUGACCAGACGCUGCAAGUGUUUAAAAAACUCUGUAUUAUGCAACA